CUCUGCGGUUACUAUGACACAAUCUAAGAUGACGACAGAUUCUAUUGAAAGUCUAGAAAAUGACUCAUUCCUACUUGAGAAAGACUUAAAUAUGUCUACAACACAUCUGAAUGUGCCAUACACGAACAAAGAACAAUGCCGGUAAACAUUGAAGUUGAUCUCUCCAAUUCGCUCUCUGAUGCUCAAUGUCAAGCUCAUUGUAAUUCUCAUCCAACUACAUAUACUGAGGUGGCCUCCAAUCGGAGGAAGCUUGACCAAGUGGUAGAAAUCAAUCCAACCAUGCUGACAAACAAAUACUUGAAGUACGCCUCAUCCUCCUCAUCGAAGGCAACACCAAGUAAACUUCCACAUGACAAUUUCAUCAUAGAUGACAACAAAAUGUAUCCAGGAGAGAAACCUUCAGAGAUUUCACCCUUGAACAAAGUACCAGUAGUCGAGAUGAAGAAUCUAAUAGCCGAUUCACUUGAAAACACUGCAACAAUCAAAGAAUCUUCAACACCAGUGCAGAUGAAGGAAGUCAUACAGGCGAAUUAUAUGGACGAACAACGACAACCAGGCUUCACCGCAACUGAAAUACGACAACCACCGUAUCUCACUGACGGCUAUUCUAACAAACUAGACAAGACCACUAGAAUGAUACAAUGGGAAAAUGUUCAAACUAACAAGGUGUACACAACUGUUGACGUAUAUAAGCGACAAGACUCCGCUACUGAUGAUGACAAUGAUGAAAGGACUAUGAUAAAUCCAAAUACAAUCACACCAACAUCAUCUCAUUACGAUGAAUCAUUGACAGAAGCAGACGACAUUCAGAUAUCCUUUGGACAACAUACACCAUGUCAUAAUAAAUCAGUGGAAUCAAUAACACACAGUAUACAACUGUGGAAAAAGAAGAAGAAGAAGAAGGAAAGUGUCGUCGGACGACAACACCAGAACAAGAACAUAAUUACUCAAAGAAGUCGUCUGCAUCAGAAACAGUCAUCACAUGAAUCAAAAGAAAGCAUUUGCAAUGAGAUGAAUGAUAAGCAAAGCGAUAGUGGCAGUGAAACAUUUGAUCAAAAACCAAGUGAUCCACAUCAACCAAUGAAACCAAUUCUACGCAGUGACAGUUCAGUAACAACCUACAUUGAAGAAGAGUCUACAUUCUACUCGACUAUGCAUCAAAAAGACGGAUAG